AAACAAGAUGGCUGACUUUGCAACAGAUAAUGUUUUUGAUCGCAAAGAAGACUCUAGUAAGAUCAGAAUGUUAAUUUCUCCAAUUUCGGAUGAUUAUAGGCCUUCUAUAUCGGACAAGACAAGAGCUGGCUAUUUUUCUCAAGAAUGUGCCUCACAAACAGAAAAAUCGGAUAUGGUUAAUAUAAAAGAAGUAACACAUAUGGUACAGAUACUUGUUCAGGAUUUAUCCACGUUGAAAAAAAGUUUGUACUUUGCAAGACAUGUGUUGGAAGCUGACUACAAGAACAAACUUGAAGAGAAAGGUCUUGAUCUGUAUUGCCGUGUUAAUGACAGGAUUCUGGAUUUAGAGAAGAUGCACGAAGAGCGUGUUAAAACAAUCAGGAGAAGUUUUAAGCAACAGUUGGCCGACGCUGUUGUACAGAUAUCUAACGAGAAUGAGAGAAUCGCAAUCGCUCGAUUGGAAAAGCAAGAGAGGAUGGCGGAUAAAAAACGCAAUGAAGAACUACUGAAGAAGGAACGAGGCAAGGCAGCUCAGCAGCAAGAAGCCUUGCUUAUGAUGAUGAAGAUGCAGUUGAAAGAACAACAGGAAAGAGCAGACAGAGAUUUAGAAGAAGCAUUAAUGGAAAGAUAUGUUCCCACGCCUGUUGAAUCGAAUAGCGAAGAGCGAGAACACCUUGUUUCACAGAUAAAUGAACUUGAAAUUAAACUCGAAGAUAUGGAUUCAGUUUUAGAGGAUAUAAAGAUAGAGAAUAAACAAUUGGUGCAAGAGGUUGACGAUCUUUCUAAAGAAUUAGAUGAAGAACGGGAUAUCACGGAUAGAUUGAAACAAGAUAUUGCUCAAGUAAAUUCAGAACUGGAGAGAGAAAAACAUGAUUCAAGAAGACUGCUGGAAAAACAAAAGUAUGAUCUAGAAAGAGAUUAUCAAAACAGAAUUAGGAAGAUGAAAGAUGAGAUGCUCGCUUCUUCUCAAAAACAAAUGGAGGAUUAUAAGUCAAAGCAGAAGUCAAAGGAUAGGGAACGAGACCUAGCGAGUCAGCGUCUUUUGGAUGAAGCUAUGAAGAAAAAGACAGUUGACGUGGUCCCCGAUACAGAAAAAGAUGGAAUAAUAAGAAAGUUACAACAAAUUGAAAUCAAACUGACUGCGGAAAUUGCUGGCUUACGAAAAGAACUUGAUCGAGUGAAUAAGACGUGGGAAAUGAAGGUGACGAUACUAAAGCAAAGUAUUCAUGCGCUUAAGGACGAAGCAUUUUUGAGAGCAACCUUACAAAAGCAAGCUGCAAGAUUGCAUCAUGCGUCUGUCACGUACGCGAGUGAUGGACCCGUAAUUAUUCCUCGAGAUCCGAUCCCCCUUAACAAAAGAUAUAGAAUAAUUCCUCCGCGAUUCUUUAGCGAAGGAAAGGAUAGCGUUAUUCGAGAAUCACCUCCACAAUCAGCAGAUUCGUCCAACAAAGAGCAUUCUGGGCGUUUAAGCAAUUAUUGCUAGCCGAAAUGGGAUAGUGAGACAUGUGACACGAUGAUUACUAGAAGAGAAAUGACUGGCAACUGUUCUGGUAUUUUCGUGGUUGAACUGUCCUCUGAUGUUCUCCAAACCAUGUGCUUGAAAUUGUGGCCGAAGAGUGGGCAUGCUCUGAACGACUUCUCUGUUCUUGUGCCGAAAAAUUGGGUGUUAGAGACGUGGCCUUCAAGGGUACUUACGUGUAAUAUAAACAUGGAUAAGGCAGUAUCGAUAAAUGAAGGCCACGACAAAAAAUGUUUUCACCUUCAGUUUAUUGGAUUUGACGUCUUCGGUAAGAAAAAAAAGUCCAGUGAAAGAAAAGGUGUAAAAGACCUGGAAUUUAACAAAUUAACACACGACAUAGACAGGGAUAACAGGCAAAGUAGAGUAUAUAUGACCUGCAUUUGCCGCACAGAGUAAAGGAUGGAACACGGAAAAAAAGAGUAUGGGACGCUGAAAGAAGUUUAGGAGAAGAACAAAAUUAUGCUAAGAAUAAAUCAGUUGUAAAAAAAAUGAAAAAAGAAAAGGAAUGGAAUUCAGCAUUACUACAUCCGUUUAAAAAAUACCCUUAAAAGAAAAAAUAUAACUACACAUUAUACGCUUGUAAUAGUGAUGCGAUGCUUUCUAAUUUUGUAUGUCGCAUCUUUUUGUCCUCUUUAUUAUGAAAUCUGACUUUUAUUUUGAGACUAAAAAGAGACUAUUUCUCUACUUAUGAUUUUGAAGACCUUUAAAUAUUUAUAUUUUAUUGCUGAAAUCUUGUUGAAUAUACAGCUUUCUAUCUUCAGUGAAAAUGCUACAUACUAUAGAACGAAAUAAAAAUAAAAAAAUAAAAAAAAUAAAUAAAUAGAAAUAAAUAUUGCACGUUAUUGUAUGUAUAUACCUCAUGUCCAGAAUCCGUAUUCUCUUUAACAUAUUCACUUCACUCAUUUAUGUUUUUUCAUUUUCCUCGCUUUACAUGCACUUUUCAGUUUUAUAUACCCUCACGAUGUAUUCAUAUUGCAAUUUGACAGUUAGCCACAUUUACAACUAGCUAAAAUAUAGCGCGAGUUCUUGUUGCAACUUAAAACUUAAACCUAUACACAUAUGAAGGCAGUUUACAUGUUGUCUGGACAAUAUUGUCUUACAUUUUGUCCAU